AUGGAUUUUCCUUUAUACUAUUCUAUUUUUUAUUACCUCUCUUGGAAUGGAGUGUUCCCUUCAGGAACCACAGAUAUUGUGAAAAGAAAGGUGCAAAGACAAGUGGAUAAAUAUGUGGCAUUUAAUAAGAAGUUGUUCCAAAAGGAUACAACUGAUCUGCUUGGCCAAGAGUUACUACAUGAGGGAAUUGCUAUGGAAGUAAUUGUAAGAGUCCACGAGGAAGGGCCACUUACUGUCACUUAUGUCAACGAACAUGGAACCUAUUAUCUGGCUGAACCCAAUUAUUGUAAGUUGUCAGGCGCAGUGAAUGGGGACAUGUUGGUAGCAUUCCAUCACUAUAAAAGUAUGAUCUCAGACAUUCAGAAAGAGAGAGCAAUGAGACAGUUCAAUGCUUGGCUCAAAAGAUCAAACCCAGAGGCAACGGUUGAUUUAUCUGUAGCUCACCCUAGCAAGGGGACCAUGACACAGUUGUGGUGCAAUGACUGA